UUCUUUUACAGAGAUGAUGGAGACAUGGGAGACGUUGAGCUGCCUGGCUAUUACCUCAUCUUCCACACAUGUCUGAUGGUGCUUUUGAAGCUGUGCCGCACAUGCCUGUCCACUGCCUGCACCGUAAAACUACGACGCUCUGGGACACGCAUAAUAGCAAAGGUCGAAUGCCCCAACAUGCACACGUAUACAUGGUCAAGUCAACCUCUUGUUGGUGACAAGCCAAAAGGGAACAUUGACUUGGCCACUGCGUUGCUGUUUUCUGGAUCAAGUGUUGCCUCCAGCCUUCGAAUGAUGCGUCUCAUGGGCGUCAAGGUUAUAAGUGAACAGUGCUUCUUCAACUACCAGAAGGCGUACUUGCUCCCUGCUGUCAACAUGGUCUGGGAUGAACAUCAACGAGAGGUCAUGGCAUCACUUGAAGGCAGCAUACAGCUUUGUGGCGAUGGCAGAUGUGAUUCACCUGGCCACAGUGCCAAAUUUAUGACGUACACAUUCCUCUGCCCGGACGCGAAGAAAAUUGUGCACACAGAGCAGGUGCAAGUAAGGGAGAACGACGAAAUUACUUCAAGCACUCAAAUGGAAAAAGAAGGGCUAAUCAGAGGGCUUUCAUUUUUAACUGAACAAAAUGUCAGCAUCGCAAGCUUGACAACAGACCGCCACCCGGGCAUUAAAAAAUAUAUGAGGUUGCACCAAGGAGGCAUCAUGCACUACUUUGAUGUGUGGCAUGUGGCAAAAGGUAUCCGCAAAAAGAUUAAUGCGGCAUCCAGGAAAGGUGGUUGCAGUUCCCUCAAAGAAUGGAUCCAGGCAAUUGUCAACCACCUCUACUGGUGUGCCUGUGCAUGUGGUGGCAAUGGAGACCUGGUGGUGGCUGCUUGGGGUAGUAUUCUGAACCACACAGUCAACAUCCACGAAGGUCACAAUGACCUUUUCCCCAGGUGCCUCCACGGACCUCCUCGUCGUAUCUCAUGGCUGAGUGCAGGUUCUCCAGCAUACAAGGCACUCAAGGCAAUUGUGACAGCACCUCUACUGCUCAGAGACAUACGUCAGCUGUCACCAUCGGCACAGACGUACAGCCUUGAAUCUUUUCAUAGUGUGCUCAACGGCUUUGCACCCAAAUCAACUGCAUUCACAUACGAAGGCAUCAAAGCUCGGACAUUGAUAGCUGCUCUUCACUUUAAUGAGAAUAGUGAGAGAGAGCAGUCGCACACAGCUCAAGGUGAAAGCCAGUGGCACACUAAGACCUCCAAGGCAAAGCCUGGCAUCUCAGCCUAUGAACUAAAAACUGCUGCAACCUUCUGCUACGUGCAGGGACUCACAAACCAAGUUUUGAAUCUCUGCACAUUGUACCCAAGUUUCCGGGAGGCCCUGGCACAAGCUCCCGUCAAGGCCCCACCAGCAUAUGCACCACCGGCCGAGGAAAGACCUUCAAAAUCCGAAUUUGUAGCGGCACAUAAGGCACGCUUUGCAAAGCACUGAAGAGCAUAGUCUACAUGUGUUUGAGCCAAGCAGUAUCGCAAACACAAAGGACAUGCUGUGGGACUGUUUUGGCUGCAGGGACCUGUGGCACAAAUGGAGUCAAACCUUCACAUUACGAUCCUGCAAGUGCUGUUUUCGACCGACAUAGCCAUUCCGAGGAUUGAUACUGCAAGGAACCUUCCACUGGGUCAAGAGGCGCACACAAGAAUGCUGACACACGUGAUGUUUGCAGCGGCAGAUUUAGUGCUGUGAACAAGCUGUGCUCCACUGCAAAGGCGGAAUUGAAGAGCAAAUGCACAAAGCUAAUACCCUUGCCGAGGGGGGUACGCACAAACACUGCGAGUUCUGUUUUCGACCAACACAGUCGUGCUGAGAUGGAUACUGCAUGGAAGCUUCUUCCACUGGCUGAAGAGGCACGCACAGGAGUGCUGACACACGUGAUGUUUACAGGGCAGAUUCAGUGCUGUGAACAAGCUGUGCUCCACUGCAUAGGCGGAAUUGAAGAGCAAAUGCACAAAGCUAAUACCCUUGCCGAGGGGGGUACGCACGUAGAAACACUGCGAGUUCUGUUUUCGACCAACACAGUCGUGCUGAGAUGGAUACUGCAUGGAAGCUUCUUCCACUGGCUGAAGAGGCACGCACAGAAAUGCUGACACACGUGGUGUUUGCAGGGGCAGAUUCAGUGCUGUGAACAACCUGUGCUCCACUGCAAAGGCGGCAUGGACGAGCAAAUGCGCACAGCUGAUACCCUUGCCGAGGGGGGUACGCACGUAGAAACACUGCGAGUUCUGUUUUCGACCAACACAGUCGUGCUGAGAUGGAUACUGCAUGGAAGCUUCUUCCACUGGCUGAAGAGGCACGCACAGGAGUGCUGACACACGUGAUGUUUACAGGGCAGAUUCAGUGCUGUGAACAAGCUGUGCUCCACUGCAAAGGGGGAAUGGAAGUGCAAUUGCACACAGCUGAUACCCUUGCCGAGGGGGGUAUGCACGUAGAAACACCGAGUUCACGUUUGUUAGCCCAUCUCAUUGCACUGCGCAGUGGGUUUGUUGCCCUCUAAUAUUCCGGAUACUUGAACCCUGUUGGUGUUUCUGUAGGAAAUGUGCCUCGAAUUUUCGCCACCACACAUGAAGGAAGAACGAAGCGAUGACCUUUGCCAAGACGACCCCAAAGCCAGCGGACGAACUGCCUGUAGGCAGUGUAGCGGUACCUCCUGUAGUAAUAAAAUGUGAAAACACAAA